CGAUUUCAUUCGGUGCUUUUUGACAACCUGGGCAGCUCCCAGCUCCACUCAUCGCGUGUGACCAUAGUGUAAAUAAUAGCUCGCGGUACCACGGUUUAAUGGACAACGGUCGAACUCGGCGAGUCCCGCGAGCGCCGCGGAACGCGUCGUGCAGAGGCGGCGGGACUCCCCCGCUGCGCCGGCUUCGCCGCAGCCUGCGACUCAGCGGCCAGCGACGAGGUGCGGCGCACUCGGAGGGGACGCUGUGCCUCGUCCACGAUGCCGCCGCUUCCCCGAGCCAAGGGUCUCGAGGUCCGUCGGCCGCCGCCGUGCCGGAGCGGAGAGUCGCGCUGACCGAGCUGCCGCUGGAAGUGCUCUUCCACGUCUUCCUGCAUUGCGAUGUGGACUCCCUAAGCGUGCUGAGCAUAUGCUCUUUGCUGCUGCGGGACCAACUGGUGGGCUACCUCAGCUGGGCCCCCGCUCUCAAAGCGCUCAGCUUCCAACACAUGCACCAGAAAGACGCUGUAAAGCACUGCAGGAACCUUGGAGUGCUGAUGAAGAGGGUCACCUGUCUUUUCCCGACCAAGGAGCGGCUCAAGAUAAUGCUGCGGUUCGUCGAAAAGUUCGUGAGCCGGCCGACGCUCGUGCGCAGCCACCUGCCGCGCGACCUGGAAGCCGCGGGUCGUCAGUGGCACCAGUACGGCGCCUUCCUGAUGGCUGCCGUGGUCGGCUGGGUGGACAGCGAGUGCCAGCUGGUGCACGAGGUCCUCUUGGGGCUCUCCUCCGCGCAUCGAUUCACCUCCAGGGUGCUCGGGGCAAGGCCCGGGCAGCUGCGCCGGGACGAGCUGGCGCUGCGUCACUUCCUGCGCUGCCUGUUCCUGUCCGAGGUGAGCCCCGAGGACAGCUGCGCCUGGCUGCAGAGGCUGCUGCAGCCCUGGCCACUCGUGUUCCGCGCCAAGCUGCUCUACAUCAUCUACGGGCCCUGCUGCCACCACGAGCUCCUGUGGGUGCUGCCGUCGCUGCCCCAGACAGCGAUGGGGUCCCCGCUGCUGCGCGCCUCGCUGGCGCACAUGGGAGCGGCGCUGUCCUGCCUGCACGAGGAGGCCGCGGGAUGGUCCUCGGACGACACCAUCACCGUGAUCGAGGAGCUGUUCGUGAUGUCGCGGGAGUGGCUUCCGGUGAACCGCGCCAUACUGCUGGCGCAUUGCGGAGUAGACAUCUGCGUCCUGCUGCUCUCUUCGAAGCUCGUCAAUGGACGGGAGUGUGAAGUGGCCAGCGUCCUGUACAACUUGAUUUUGGUGCAGUAUCACGUGCCACGCUCGGCGACCUUCGUUGUUGACGUGGCGAGAGCGCUCAGCGAUGCGGUGGGACACACUCGAUUCCUCAGUGAGAUGCCCCUCCACAGCGACACACUCGUUCGUGAUGCGUUGGUGUAUUACUCGAGAGGCGGUGAAUCAGGCUACGAGCAAAUCUGCCAUGCCCUGCUGUAUUUUGCCUCCUCGAUGCUUCGGCUGUCCUGCAGUGAGGGGCCGAACUACGGACGCCUUUGCCUCGAAGACUGAGAGAUGACCAGGACCUGUUGCACCUGACCUAACUGGAUAUGCAAGCAUUGCCGUUGUCGUUGGGUUGUUACUUCCACGCCGAGACGGCGUUAUGGAGCUAUAACUUUGUGGGACGGCAGCUUGUAAAACCCCGUUUGCCCAAAAGGCGCUGGUACAGCAGGGCUGCUGCCAUGUACGUCAGCGUUCGGCAGAAAGUGCGAUUAUUAUCUUGAUUACCAAACCCCUUGCCAGAACAUACGGCAAUCACAUGCUGUCAGUCGCUUGAACAGUUGUAACGUACGUUACGUGUAAAUACGGCAUUAUAUACCAUGUCGUCGACUGCAGUGCGGGGAAUGCUACGUUCCAGAAAAAAAGAAAAAAAAGGGAUGGGUGUACCAUACCGCUGUGCUGGUACUCCUUCACCAAGCUACGUUUGUUGUUACGGUGCGGCACUCUCGACACCCAUGGUUGUCUCAACGACACCUGCAUCUUCGCCGUACAAGGCCCAAUUGAACUGUGUUGUGUCCUGUGUUCCGCUUCUUUUCAAGCAGAUGUGCGCAGCGUGAGCGAACAAACAAACCUCUGGACGCUGUUUCUUUAGUCCAACGUGUCUGCACCCAGACUUUCUUGUUUAUACGCGUCGGCGCGAGACGAAGCAUUUGCCAGUACAAACAUGCAUUAGCUUCAUUCUCCAAGUUCUAGUCACUGUUUAAUUGCGAAUGGAAAUUGAGAGACUUUCGAGGAGCUCAAGUUUAACCUGGAACUGUCUAAUGUGAACGAAUUCCUUUCUUUUAAUUGUUUUAAACCGCCGUGCACUAAGGUGGCACAGGUACCUUUGCUAGAAACAAUAAAAUGCAGCGUUAGCCCA